AUGGUAGGUGAUCGGAAUGUGGAUGUCCCCACUGGAACUCCACAAUCCUUUGCAUCUUUAUUUCAUAAACCACUGGAGUCAAAAUUUGUGGAGACUCUAUUCUACAUUGCUACAGUGACUAGAAAACCAUUUCAAGUAGACACUCCGACGUUGAAUUUGACACGGCUGUCUGUUGCCCGAUUCUGCGUUGAAGCGAACUUGACAAAGGAACUGCCGAAAUCCAUUAAGAUUGGCAAAAGAGGAAAGAAGCAUGAACAAUCAUUGACCUAUGAGUAUGUCCCGUCCUUUUGCUCCAAAUGCAAAAAGAUUGGUCACAAAAAAGAAGAAUGCCGCCAAGGAAAAGUGGUUCAAGCUGCGCAAGUGGUGAGAAACCCUAGACAAGAAACAAAAGAUGCGAAAGGUAAAGGGAUUCUGAUUAAACAGCCUCCACAAUGGAAAUUAAAGCCAUCUAAUACAGUGGAAUCUAAAGAAUCAAAAGGAGUUUAUGUCCGAGGAAAUCCCAAUUCGUCGGGGUUAAUAGUUGCGGAGAAAACCCUAAUUCCGGUUGAUGCUAUAAAUGAUUCUAGGCCUGCGGCAGAAGUGCAUGGUAAUGAUGAGAUGCAUCGUGUGGAAGUGCCUGUGAAAGAAAAUCAGAUAGAGGAUAAUGUGUCCUUAGCAGAGCAAAAAACUCUACAGCAAGAGGAUCCUACUACAAACAAUAAAUUCCAAACCUUGGCAGAAAUUGUGAUGGUUGAAGAUGCCAGUGAUUGUGAGGAUGAAAGGGAAGAACCUAAGCAACCUGUUGAUGAAGCAAUUCAAAAAGAAAAUGUGUCGCCUGAAAAAGAUCCGCAUCAAGAAAGAUCUCUGACACAACGAUCGGAUCGAAUAGUUCACUACGCGUCUGAUGAAGAACAUGGUGCUAACAAAAGUGAAUUAUUUGAGGAAGAGGAAGCUGCAGGGGGUGCUGGUCAGAAGGGGAGAUGGAGGAUCCACAGUUGGGAGAUUUGA